UUGGCUGCACAUGCGCAUAUAGUUAUAUAGAUCUAGCAGACAGUACAACACAACAAACAAGAUGGCCAACCAAGGAACUGAUGCUCUCUUUGAUAUUCGAACGGCAUUUCUAACAGGAAAUUUUCAGCAGUGUAUAAAUGAGGCGCCUAAAUUAAAUGUAAGUACACCUGAGCUUAAAAUUGAAAGGGAUGUGCUGAUGUACAGAGCUUACAUAUCUCAAAGAAAAUAUGGUGUUGUCUUGGAUGAAAUCAAAAGUUCUGGACCACCUGAGUUACAGGCAGUCAGAAUGUAUGCUGAUUAUUUGUCCAAUGAAACACGCAGGGAUGCCAUACUGAGAGAUCUGGAUUCAAAAAUGAGUGGCAGCGUUGAUAUAACUAAUCAUAUAUAUCUUUUAAUGGCUGGCUCUAUUUACUAUCAUGAACAGAACUUUGACUCUGCACUUAGAACAUUACAUCAAUCUGAUAAUUUAGAAUGCAUUGCACUGAUGGUACAGAUUCUGUUAAAGUUGGACAGAGUUGAUCUUGCAAAGAAAGAGUUAAAGAGAAUGCAAGAUGCUGAUGAAGACAGUAUUUUAUUUCAACUAGCCCAGGCUUGGUUUAAUUUAGCUGUGGGUGGUGACAAAUAUCAAGAUGCCUUUUACAUAUACCAAGAAAUUGCUGACAAACAUGUGAGCACACCUUUACUUUUAAAUGGACAGGCAGCUUGCUACAUGGCCCAAGGAAAAUUUGAUGAUGCAGAGUCUGUACUACAAGAGGCAAUGGAUAAAGACAGUAAUAAUCCUGAGACCAUAAUUAAUAUGAUUGUGCUUAGUCAACACUUAGGAAAGGCACCCGAAGUUAGCAACAGAUACAUUUCUCAGCUCAAGGAUUCCCAUCGAAGUCAUCCAUUUGUGAGAGAUUACUUGCAGAAGGAAUCAGACUUUGACAGACUGACUAGGAACUAUGCUCCUGUUGCAGUAGCUUAAAAUGCUAGAAUGUAUUUGUGGGAACAAAUGGAGUGUAAAUAUUUAUUUGACAAGGUCAUUAAAUUGUAUGAGAUAAUUUCAA